AUGAACUCGGACCUCACAGCUCUGCCUGCGCUCGGCGGUCCCCUCCCUGCCUCCCACACGCUCCCGUCCCGGCUCCUCCGGAAGGAGCUGGUUCCUCCCCCAGGCCCAGGCCCAGAGUACCUGCUGCACAGAAAGGGCUCCGGGAGGGAGGUGUCACUUCCGCGGGUCCUGCUGGGAGGUGGACCCGCUGGUGCCACGGCUGAGGCGGACCUGGCCUUGCAGCGCUUCCGGGCCUCCGUGUACAGACGGUACAACGACUUCGUGGUCUUCCACGCGCUGCUGCUGCAGAAGUUCCCCUACCGCAUGGUGCCUGCCCUGCCGCCCAAGAGGAUGCUGGGAGCGGACAGGGAGUUCAUCGAGGCGCGGAGGAGGGCGCUGAAGCGCUUCAUCAACCUGGUGGCCCGGCACCCCCCCUUCUCGGAGGACGAGGUCCUCAGGCUGUUCCUGUGCUUCAGCGGCCCCGACGUGCAGAGCAAGUUGAAGGAGUCGGCUCAGUGUGUGGGAGACGAGUUCCUGAACUGUAAGCUGGCGACUCGGGCCAAGGACUUCCUCCCCGCCGACAUCCAGACGCAGUUCGCGGUCAGCCGGGAGCUGAUCCGGAGCAUCUACAACAGCUUCUACAAGCUCCGAGACCGGGCCGAGCGGAUGGCGGCCAGGGCCAUCGACAAUGCUGCCGACCUCCUCAUCUUCGGGAAGGAACUGAGGCAGGUGGCCCAGAGGCUCUCGGGGCCCGGCCUCGCUGACCUUGGUGGUUUUCACGUUGACGUGAAAUUAGUCCUAACACGAAAUUGGGUCAGACCACCGCCCAUCAGGACUUUCUCCAACUCAGCUACGGCCCUUUUCACGCUCGCUGAGCGCGGAGGCAUCUGGGGCCUGUUCUCAUUGAACUGCUGGUUCCAUGGCUUCUCUGCCUUGUCCUGGGCCUGCCUGUGGGGGGCUGGCUGGGUCCGGGGAAGGGCCUGCCGGGCAUGCGGACACGUGCUGUGGGGCAGGUCCCGGGCCCUGUGCUGGGCGCCAGGUAACCAGCCUGUUUCCCAGGGCAAACAGGAGGAGGACGCCGUGGUGGAGAAGCUGAACCUCUUCCUGGACCUGCUCCAGUCCUACAAGGACCUGUGUGAGCGGCACGAGAAGGGUGUGCUGCACAAGCACCAGCGGGCCCUGCACAAGUACAGCCUCAUGAAGCGGCAGAUGAGCGCCGCCGUGCACAGCCACGAGCCCGAGUCCGUGGAGCAGCUGGAGUCGCGCAUCAUGGAGCAGGAGAACGCCAUCCAGACGAUGGAGCUUCGGAACCACUUCGCGCUGUUCUGCCUGCACCAGGAGACGCAGCUGGUGCACGCCUACCUGCCCCUCACCUCCCACAUCCUCGGGGCCUUCGUCAGCUCCCAGAUCCAGGGCCACAAGGAGAUGAGUAAGGUGUGGAACGACCUGAAGCCCAAGCUGCACUGCCUGUUCUCGGGACCCGCCAGCGCCCUGACCCCGCCUCGGUCCCCGCGGGACGGCCUGUCUCCUCACUAGUGCCGAGAGGACCCGGCGCCCCCACUAAAACUUCUUUCCAAACGCCUCUUCCUCGUGGCGUACGGGACCGGCGGAGGGGAGGCUCUGACGACGCGGCUGCAGAGGGGCUGCCCACGCUGGGCUCUGUCCUGGCUCAGCCUGGCCCCUGCCACUCCCUCCCCUGCGCCCAGCUCACCCAGCAGUAACCAGACACUCGUCACCAUUGGCCCAAGGCGCAGAGCCCGAGGCGCGCGGGACUCGCUGACGCUGAGGAUGGGUCUGCAGCCGGGCCCCUCCUGCGAGUCAGCCCGGCGAGGGAAGCACUUUACGGCCCGAAUCCGCGACUGCCACAGCAAACUGGAGUUGUUUACAAACGGUCCACAGUCCCAGGUUUUCGCCAAGAAACUAACAUGAACUGUUAUUAAACGUAUUUAUAAAAGUUG